CUAUCCCCUACCCUGUCUACAUCGCACAGGUGUAAGGAAAAAAAGGAGGAAAAGAGAAAAGAAAUAAGCGGGAGUUGCGGAGCCACUGUGGUACCCACACGAACUUCUCAACCUGGUAGUGAUUCAAUUACCAUUAGCCUAUCCUUCAUCGGUCCGUCGUACGGGAUAGCCUAUUCUAAUGUUUAAUUAGUUAAAACGAUUAUAUCUUUGUUGAGUGCCGCGUGAUGGAUCUGAAGGAGGAAGACGAUGGUGGAAAUGAAAGUGGUAGACAACUGUUUUUGGUGGGUGCACCCCGUGAUCCAUUGGUAUCAGCCGGGGCGAUCGUCGCUUCCGGUGGUGUGCCAGACGAGAUCAACUCUGGAGGAGAUCUACAGUCGACUGCUCUGGCUGGUCUGAUAGGCGCGCAAUCUUCCUCGGUUUGCUUUCCAACAAAAUUCUCUUAUGACUUCUCACCAAGCCCAGGAAGCGAAGACAGACAAUCCUCUGGAGUUGGUAAGAGAAAACAGCGCAGAUAUCGCACGACCUUCACCAAUUUUCAGCUGGAGGAAUUGGAAAGAGCCUUUCAAAAGACACAUUAUCCUGAUGUAUUCUUUCGAGAAGAUCUUGCUUUACGUAUACAACUGACAGAAGCCAGAGUACAGGUAUGGUUCCAAAACAGAAGAGCAAAAUGGCGAAAACAAGAAAAACAAUGUAAAGUAACCACUCACAUGCCUUCACACUUGCCACCAUCCGACUGUCAAGAAAUUCAGCAACAACAACAGCAGCAGCAACAAUCAGAUCACUUGUUGCUAGAACCUCCACUGGGAAGUCCGCCACCUAUAUACCUGGGCAUGGAAUGGGCAGGUUUUUCACCGUACAGUAACACUGCCACUGCAUCACCUCUUGUGGUUAAUAGUAUGAAUAAGGCACUGGAAUCGGAGACAGAUGACAAUCCCUUGCUGGAUCCAGAGCUGUUGCAACUGAAAACUCCACGUUCCUAAUGUUACCAAUCCAAGCCUAUGCAGUAGUGUAGCGCGCCAAUAUUAUUCCUUUUAUCAUAUAAUAGAGCAUAAAAUAUUUCUGGAAUGUCUGAUGCAACAAUUCUUUGCAAUGGCACUUGAAUUAUGUAAUGCAGCAUGAAGCAAUGACGAUUACCAUUUUAAUAAUUGAAACUGAAAAUUUAAACUACUUUACUGCAUAAAGUUAAGUUUAAAAUGGUAAUAAUUAUUGCCUCAUCCUGUAUAUUGUGCAAUUAUUAUUACUAGCUUUAAUUGAAAUUUAAGAAGGGGGACCAGAGAUUUUAUCAUUGAAAGAAAAAUUAACAUUAAAAGUACUUCGAAUAUUGUUAUGUAGAUUUUGUAAGGAUAUAGAUAUAAAUUUAUUCUUCUCACGGGUUCAAUGAAUCCCAGAAUAAGCAAUGAUAAUUGUAUAUGUAAGGAAAAAUCAAAAUUAAAAUUAAAUUUUUAUCCAUAGGGAAACCAAUAGAAGGAAAUCGUCCCAACAUAAAAUAGUAACGUUAGCUUUAUUUCGGUGUGCAUAUAUUACAAAUCAUUAAAUCAACUAAGUUAUUGAAUUGGUUGAUCUUUAGGAGCAAGUAAGUAAUUCAGGACGCUUCUUCUGAUCAUUUAUUUAAGAGAUUCAGUUUUCGACCUAGAGAUUCCUUUAAGAAAUAUCUAUGCGACAGAUAACUCGAUUCGUUUAAAUGUUAGCAAAAGUUUCUAGUGUUCUCAACGAUCAAGCGGAGCAUCCCAAACGAAAUAAAUUAAUGAUGGUGACAGAUGGUACAUUAAAGUUAUGCGACGUACGAAUACUCAUCUGCGUUAUUCGGCGUGCGCUCAAUAUACUGCUUAUCUAUGAGAGCUUCGAUACAUUUUUUGAUCAUACCAAUCGAAGGAGUGAACGUUACUUUUGGUUGGCUUAGUACCUGGAAUAUUUGUAACCAUCGAUAUUUAACUAUAUAAUUCAGAUUCACUGUCAUGAAAAGGAAAACGACGAAAUAAAAUAUCUUACCUCCUGUAUCAGUUGAUUAUGUCGCAGAACCUUACGGCUCUUCAUAAUACGGACUAUAGCUGCCUGUAGGUACAAUUUUCUGUCUUCGUCAACACUGCGAUGCGUGGCUUCCGUGUCGUGGUUUUCAUGUGGCACGUCCCGUUGCAACGCGCCAGUUAUACGAAAUUUCAUUCUCUUAUUGGAAUAAUCAAAAUUGAGCGACAGGACGGUAUCCUCCUCCAGCUCUCCUUCCGUAGACUUUUUCAAAAUUUUACUAUCUACUAAACUAGCCGCAUGUUUGACCAACUGAUCGUGCGACAAAUGCAAUGAUGCUGCAGCUUCCCGGCACUGUAUCGAAUUGCAAUGCUCGAAUAGAAGCAAUAAUGCCAUUUGGUAUGUUUGUACAACCACCAAAUAAGGUUUCUUCAAGUAAUUAAACUUGAGUUCGCCUUGACAAAGAUGAUGCAACCAGGUAACCUUUCGACCACUAAAUUGUGCGUGGUAGAACGCCUCGAACGACUGUAUAGACUUCUCUAAUUGUUGGGGUAUGUGAAAUGGUCCUGAGGUUGGUGGCAGAGCUAAAGGCCAUGCACCUGCUUGCAACACAUAUACUACAAAACCUAUGCGCAGUUGGUUUUCCCUAUCGCCUUCCCUUAAACUUGCGGUGAAUUUAGCAUUCAAAUCCGCCGACACCGACAUGUCGGUGAACAUUCUAUGAAGUUUAUUCGUGAACUCGUAUCCGCAAGCUUGUUUCAGACGUUCGAUCAUCGAUUCCUCCGCGUCCAUUGACUGUGACUGUUGAUGUAUUAACCGUUUCGCCAACAUAGGAGCGUAGAACUUUUGAAAAACAUCUUUGUCGUCCACGUAUUUGAACACGGUGAUGCAACUUGCUAAUUUUUCCUCGACCUCCACUUCUGACGCGGCCUUAGCUGAUUUCCUCAGUAAGGAAUCGCAGUAUUUAGCUAACUAGAUUAAGAACAUUUCAAAUAGUAAAACUUUGAAUUAAUUGCAACAGAAAUUGCGCUUGUUAACGUCGAUCAUCGACUAUUAAAUUACUUACUAAUUCAGGUGCCUUAACUGGCUGUCGUGGAGCUGUCCUGUGAUUCACUAUCGCCGAACAAGCUUUAUCUAGAGCAGCCAUAAACGUUAAGUCGUCAUUGAAUACGUCCUUGAUAAAUUUUGAGUAUUUUUUAUGCACAUCCAACAUAUUCUCGACAAAUUGCGUGUGUACCUACAUUUAUGAAAUAUAUCAGUUUUAUAAAUA